AUGUCAGGCGAGAACUCGAGAUCAGGCUACGAUUCGAGUAGUGGAGAUGAAUCUGAAAAUGAUUACCAAAUCGCUUCUUACUCAAAUUCACACUCUGAUGUCUUACUAAAACAGUUAGUAAGUAAUUCAGAAAAACUGGGCAAAGGUAUCAGAUGGGAUGAUAUUGCUUCACAUUUCCAAGAGAGGAGUGACGUUCAAUGCCAGCAACGUUGGGCUAAAGUUGUUAAUCCAGAGCUCGUUAAAGGUCCAUGGACUAAAGAGCAGAUUCACUUUAGUCGGACUUUAGCUAUAAUGAGAUGUUCCACGGUAUAUAAUACCAGCAGAACCGGUUUUUUGUUUGAAAAUUUUCCGAUUGUAAAGAGAAGGAUACAGGGCAAGAAUUCGCGGGUCUCUUUUGAAUACACGUGGACGUGCUUAUUAUUUACAAUAGUCUCUAGCGAGGACGAGAAAGUUGUGGAACUUGUGGAACGUUAUGGCCCGAAAAAGUGGACACUUAUUGCAAGACAUCUGAAAGGUAGAAUAGGGAAGCAAUGCAGAGAAAGAUGGCACAACCAUUUAAAUCCAGGUAUCAAGAAGACAGCAUGGACUGAUGCUGAAGAUAAAAUAAUUGUUGAAGCACACCGACGUGUUGGUAAUCAGUGGGCCAAAAUAGCUAAACUAUUACCUGGUCGAACUGACAAUGCUAUUAAAAAUCACUGGAAUAGUACAAUGCGACGAAAAAGAAAAACAAUAGAAAAUUCUCUGAACAUUAAAAAGGAACCACGAGUUAUGCAUGAUGAAUCAUCGUGUCCGGAUAAUUUAUUCAAAGACGAAAAUAGCCGGACGGCGACAAUAACAUCCCAAAGCCUUGAUAUGAGUUCACUAGAUUGGUCUAGUGGUUGGGGACAAACACAUCAUUCACAAGUGCAACAACAAUCCCAUCAACCGUCACUUUAUCAUCAGAAUGUAAUAUCUAUUGAGGAUUCAUCUCAAUUAAGGCUAGAAGCUAGAAUGAAACGUGAACCCUCACCCUUUUCAAAGUAUUUCAAUUUAGAAAUGGGCACAGAGGCAAGUGGCUCUGGAACAUCAGACAUACGUUUAGUACCUAUGCCUGAUUUUGAAGAUGAAGAUGACCGUAAAACAAGUCCUCCGCCUAUUUUACGGCGACGUCGUCAACCGCAAUACAGUACGGUGCGUAUUGAAACGAUAAAUGACAGUGGAAAUCAGUCGGUUGAUUAUUUAUUAAAUCAGCAAUCAUCAUCACAAGUUAACACUGCUCCAUCGACGCCUAUUAAACAGCUUCCGUUCAGUCCUUCGCAGUUUCUUAAUAGCCUGGCUAGUCCAGAGACUUCUUGGCCACGUGCUAGUACUCCUAAAGGCAGUCCUGGUACACUUACAACACCACAGCCUUCAGGCUUACGCAGAAAUCAAGGAGAUGGAAACACACCACGUACUCCAACACCUUUCAAAGACGCACUUGCUGAGAUAGAACGACGAAGUGGAGCUACUACUCAGUUACCGGCAACGCCUAGUCGUCUUGAUGCAUUGACAGAGAUAAUACGCCAGGAAACAGAUCGUGAAAGUCUGGCCAGUAGCAGCAUGCUUCAAGACUCUGGCUACGGUACUGGUCGACGACGUGGAAAAGAAAACAGCGCACCGGGUGGAAAACGUGCACGUAAAGCUUUGUGUCAAGCUUGGGCUAGUAGCACGCAAGACCACUCGGAUAUGAAUUUUGCUGUCGAGACGCCGAGCAAGAGCUUAGAUACAUCAGUUUUAUUUUCACCGGCGUCAAUGGCCCUAGAAGACAGCUUUUUAGCGGCAGGACCGAGUCCGUUGAAGGUAGAGCACCAAUCCCAAAGUCAAAUCCAAAGUCAACCUGCCUUAUCCUGGUUUUACUCUCGCACCAACCGCCUGUAG